AUGGAAGAUCCUAAUGACAACAAGGAACCUAAUUCUCAUAAAAGGAAUUUUCGCAAAAGGGCAGACAUUUUAAAUGAGGAUUAUUAUGCUAAAUAUGAAAAAAAGCGUAAACUAAAGGCAGCCAAGAAGAUAAACGAAGGUCAAGAUGUGAAGUUCAGCCAAAAUGUGAAAAGCAAACUUAGGGAAUAUUAUGAAAUGCGCUUUGAUAAGAAAGUGAUAAAUCUUCCCUUCAGCACAGAUUCAAUAAAUAUACAACAAAGAGGAUUUAAUGAUUACAGCAAAGAUAUGAUAUUAAAAAAGAAUCAUAUGAACAAACCAUUAUGGAUAUGUUCAGAUGGAUUUAUAUAUUUAGAAAUGUUUAAUAUUUGUAGUAAACAAGCAUCUGAUUUUCUUAUAACAAUUGCUGAACCUAUAUGUAGACCAGAGUUAAUUCAUGAGUUUCAAGUAACAAUAUUUUCAUUAUAUGCAGCUAUAUCUGUGGGAAUUACCCUUGAUGAAUUAUUAAUAAACUUAGAUAAAUUUUCAAAAAAUUCCCUGCCAGAUGAAUUAGUACAUAAUAUUAAAAAAAGUGCUGAAUCUUUUGGAAAGGCAAAAUUAGUACUAAGGGAGAACAAAUACUAUAUUGAAGCUACAAACAAAUCGGAACUAGAUUAUUUGUUAAAAAAUAAUAUUAUAAAAAAUGCAAGAUUAUAUUCAAAUGAAGACAAUAAUGAAGAACAAAAGAAGAAUAUCUUUACUAUAAAUAACAAUUUUAAAGAAAAUAAGCGUACUCAAAGUAGUACUGAUAAUACAGUAACUACUAACCAGUGGAAUUUUGAAAACGAAACUUCCAAAGACAAGAAGUACGAGGACACGUACGUGACAUAUGAAGCCCCUGUAUUGGACACAACACAGUUGGGAUUCAAAAUUAGUGAAAGCGAAAAGCAGCUAAUGCUAGAGGAGAGAAAGAAUGCAAACGAAAACACAAAUGCAAAUGCACGUUAUUCAGAAGUGUACUCAUUCGAAGUGAACUCUGACAAGAUAGAGGAAGUAAAACAGGAAGCUCUUCAAACAAUGCAAAGACCUUUAUUAAUGGAAUACGAUUUUAGAAGAGAUAAAAAAAAUCCAAAUCUAAUUUGUUCGUUAAAAAGCCAUGUACAGAUAAGAUAUUACCAAGAAAAGGCUUUAAGAAAAAUGUUUAGUAAUGGGAGAAGUAGAUCAGGCAUUAUAGUUCUUCCUUGUGGUGUGGGUAAAACAUUAACAGGAAUUACAGCUGCUAGUACAAUAAAAAAAUCAUCUUUAUUUUUAACAACAUCAGCUGUAGCUGUUGAACAAUGGAAAAAGCAGUUUGAAGAUUUUACAAAUAUUCAUCCAAGACAUAUAAGAAUAUUAACAUCAGAUUAUAAAUUUGAUUUAUGGCCUAUUAACGAAGCUGGUGUAUUAAUUUCGACAUAUACAAUGUUGGCAUAUUCAGGAAAAAGAAGUGAACAAAGUUUGAAAAUCGUAAAUGAUAUAAGACGAAGAGAAUGGGGAUUAUUAGUUUUCGAUGAAGUGCAAUUUGCACCCGCACCAUCUUUUAGAAGAAUAAAUGAAAUUGUAAAAUCUCAUUGCAAACUUGGUUUAACAGCAACAUUGGUAAGAGAGGAUUUGUUGAUUCGAGAUUUACAAUGGAUUAUUGGACCUAAAUUAUAUGAAGCUAAUUGGGUAGAAUUACAAAAUAAAGGUUUUUUAGCAAAAGCUUUAUGUAAAGAAAUAUGGUGUAGUAUGCCAAGUUCUUUUUAUAAAUAUUAUUUGAAAUCAAACAGUUUUAUUAAGAGAAGAUUAUAUACAUGUAACCCUAGAAAAUUAAUGAUGUGUGAAUAUUUAAUUAAACAUCAUGAACAAAAUAAUGACAAAAUUAUUGUUUUUAGUGAUAAUAUUUUUGCCUUAUUACAUAUUGCAAAAACGUUAAACAAGCCUUUUAUAUAUGGUAAACUUUCCCCAAUUGAAAGAAUAGCAAUUAUAAAUAAAUUCAAAAAUGAUCCUUCUAUUAACACAAUUUUGUUAAGUAAAGUUGGAGAUAAUGCAAUUGACAUACCCAUAGCAAAUGUCGUUAUUCAAAUAUCUUUCAAUUUCGCUUCUAGAAGGCAAGAAGCGCAACGGUUAGGAAGAAUUAUUAGACCAAAAAAUAAAGGUAAUGAAAAAAAAAAUAUUAAUGACCCAGACUCCUUUUUUUAUAGUCUCGUUAGCAAAGAUACCAUAGAAAUGUGUUACUCAGAUAAAAGACAAAGAUUUCUCAUAAAUCAAGGAUAUGCUUACAAUGUCCUUAGUGAUAAUAUUGUUGAUUUUAAUAAAUUAAAUUUAGUGUACAAAAAUAAAAAAAUUCAAGAAAAUUUGCUAAAGUGUAUUUUAGCAAGUACAGAUGAUGGUAAUAACGAUGAAGAUGAUGAUUUAUUUGAGGAUUCAAAUUUUGAAAAAGAAAACCUUAAAAUAGGAAAUAAAGUUGAUACGAAUUCUUCACAAAAUAAAAAAGAUGAUAUGUUAAAGAAGGUAGAUAAUGGGGAAAGUUUGCUAAAAUUAUCAGCCAACGUAGAUGUAACAUUUAAUGAUAAAAAAAAGAGUUCACAGAAAAAAUUUGCAGAUAAGCAUAUUUUAUUUAGAAAGUUUUUAAGUCAGAAUAAAUAG